AUUGUAAAACGCACCGGAAGUGGGUCCGGCGGCUUUCUUUCCGUCGCGGAGGGCAAACGGCCGUAGACCGUUCCGGCGACCCUUGCGACGACUUCCCCACGGCUGCUGCGUCCACGUGGCGGUGGCGUGGGGACGCUCUGAAAGCAGAGCGGCGGGGCGCCCGGAAGUCGUGAGUCGAGUCUUCCCGGGCUAAUCCAUGCCGGGUUGGAGGCUGCUGACCCAGGUCGGCGCCCAGGUGCUGGGUCGAGUCGGGGACGGCCUGGGUGCUGCCUUUGGCCCAGGGAACAGAACACACAUCUGGCUUUUUGUUAGAAGUAUUCAUGGAAAGAGUGGUACGUGGUGGGAUGAGCAUCUUUCUGAAGAAAAUGUCCCAUUCAUUAAGCAGUUGGUCUCUGAUGAAGAUAAAGCCCAAUUAGCAAGUAAACUAUGUCCUCUGAAAGAUGAACCAUGGCCUAUACAUCCUUGGGAACCAGGUUCCUUUAGAGUUGGCCUUAUUGCCUUGAAACUGGGCAUGAUGCCUUUAUGGACCAAGGAUGGUGAAAAGCACGUGGUCACAUUACUUCAGGUACAAGACUGCCAUGUCCUAAAGUAUACUUCAAAGGAAAACCAUAAUGGAAAAACGGCAGCCCUGUCUGUAGGAGGAAAAACUGUAUCACGUUUUCGUAAAGCUACACCCGUAUUGGAAUUUUACCGAGAACUUGGAUUGCCGCCAAAACAGACAGUUAAAAUCUUUAAUAUAACAGAUAAUGCUGCAAUUAAACCAGGCACUCCUCUUUAUGCUGCUCACUUUCGUCCAGGACAGUAUGUGGAUGUCACAGCCAAAACUAUUGGUAAAGGUUUUCAAGGAGUCGUGAAAAGAUGGGGAUUUAAAGGCCAGCCUGCUACGCAUGGUCAAACGAAAACCCACAGGAGACCUGGAGCUCUUUCAACUGGUGAUAUUGGCAGAGUCUGGCCUGGAACUAAAAUGCCUGGAAAAAUGGGAAACAUAUAUAGGACAGCGUAUGGACUGAAAGUGUGGAGAAUAAACACAAAGCACAACAUAAUCUAUGUAAAUGGCUCUGUACCUGGACAUAAAAAUUGCUUAGUAAAGGUCAGAGAUUCUAAACUGCCUGCAUAUAAGGAUCUUGGUAAAAAUCUACCAUUCCCUACAUAUUUUCCUGAUGGAGAUGAAGAGGAACUGCCAGAAGAUUUGUAUGAUGAAAACGUGUGUCAGCCUGGUGCACCUUCUAUUACAUUUGCCUAACAUCUUUGGAUGUGGCAGAACCUUACACAUUCUGUGAGCUUUGAUGAGCCAGAGUGAUAUAAUCACCACCAGAAAUCAUAUUCUUCUUUCUUAGUCACAACAAAAUCAAACAUGUCAUCUUUGUCAAGGGCAUAAAUAUAUCAUUCAUACGCCCAUUAAAUUUUGUUAGAAAAUUUGCCACAUUAAGGCCGGGCGCGGUGGCUCACACCUGUAAUCCCAGCACUUUGGGAGGCCAAGACGGGCGAAUCACGAGGUCAGGAGAUCGAGACCAUCCUGGCUAACACAGUGAAACCCCGUCUCUACUAAAAUACAAAAAAAAUUAGCCGGGCGUGGUGGCGGGCGCCUGUUGUCCGUCCCAACUACUCUGGAGGCUGGGGCAGGAGAAGGGCGGAGGCGGAGCUUGUAGUGAGCCGAGAUCGCGCCACUGCACUCCAGCCUGGGCGACAGAGCGAGACUCCGUCUCAAAAAAAAAAAAAAAGAAAGAAAAUUUGCCACAUUAAACAUAUGAGUUAGGUAGAUUGGAUUUGCUGAAAUUGGUGUUUGACAUAUUGGUAAAAUAUUCAUAAUUUGUGGACUCGAUUCUUUUUUACUGCAUAUUUCCCAAGUUAUCUUAAGAUGUCUAUAAAUUUAACUUUUAUUAAAGUUUUGUCAAUCUUUGUGAAAUAGUGGUUGUGGAACAGUAGAAAACCAUGUGGGGACUAUGGUGCAACCUAUUUGGGUAAAGAAACCAUUUGCUAAAAUGGAGAAAGUAAAUAGAUUUUUAUUUAAAUUACAGAAACAUAUAUGUUAAAGCCCAGUCAAAGGAAAGACAAUCAAAUCAUAAAUUAUGGGUCCUGUUUACAUUUUUGUUAGGAGAGGUGAUGACUUUUUAGUUUUAUCACUCAAUUAUAAGAUCAAUGUUGUUGUUGUUGUUUUGUUUGUUUGGUUUUUAGAAAGGGUUUUGCUCUGUUGCCCAGGCUGGAGUGAUCUUGGCUCACUGCAGCCACGACUUUGUGAUCUCAAGUGAUCCUUCCACCUCAGCCUCCCAAGUAGCUGGGACUAUAGGUGCCCACCACCAUGCCUGGCUAAUAUUUGUAAUUUUUUGUAAAAAUGGGGUCCCACUAUGUUGCCUAGGGUAGUCUUGAACUUCUGAGUUCAAGCUUUUUACCUUCCAUGGCCUCCCAAUUUGUUAGGAUUACAGGUGUGAGCCACUGCAUCCAGCCUACGUUUCAAAAAGAAUUUAUAAUGAUCUAAGAUUGUAUGUUCAGACUUAUUAAUCAUGUAUUAAUCAAAAUGCCAA